UGCAUUUCAUUUCAUUUCAUGGAAGGCUCUCUUGGAGCCUUUUUGGCUUAAGAGAGGGGUACAAAUGUUCUAAAUGGAUGGAUGGAUGGAUGGAGGGAUGGAUGGAUGAAUAAGGUCUCUAAGGAAAUGGAGGGCAGAGAUUUUCAGUUUGUUUCCCAACCUACCUCAUCUGCCCUUUCCUGAUCAGCACAAGAACAUGAAUGGGUCUGAUCCAUUCUUCACAUUCUGAUGUUCCUGUUUCUCUUAUCUCAUGGACAGGGAAUUGAUUUCGAUGAGGAUCAAAUAUCGGUAAUCAGCCUGGAAGAUGAGGAGGAUCUUUUUGCAAGCAUCUCAACCACAGGUUCUCUGGGUGCCGCUGAUCCUCCUCCCGACGGCUUCAGAAAGGACCAGCUGAAGGCCAGAAUUACGGAUAUCAUCACCAGGAUGAAGAGUGGGAAGAUCCGAAGGAAGGCGCUCCAAGAUCUUUCCGCCCUCCUGCAGAAGAUCCAGGAAUAUCCAUCGGUAGCGCUUCCUGCAUCCUCCCUUGGCCAACUGGUGGCCAUUUCCUGUCUGUGUGCAUUGGAUCCAGACCCGGAGUGCAGGCAGCGGGCAGCAGAGGCCCUCUGCCAUCUUCUGCCCAUCCUGCGGCGCAAAGAAGAGACGCUGGCACAAACGUCGUGGAACCAAACACUCCUCAUCAGAGCUCGGAAGGUCCUCCAAUCCACCGGAGGAGCGGUUCCUGAAUUGUUCCUGAAUAAUUGUUACUCUCUUGCCAGGGUCUUUGGUGCCUAUCUUCCUGAGGAGCAGCUCUUGGAGGCCAUGUGCUUCCUGGCCAGCGAUCUGGUUGUCGAGAGCAGCUUCAACCCCUUGGACAUCUCCCACUUGCUGCAAGAGUUCGUCAAGCAGUUUAGCGGCACAAAAGUGGAGGUGGAGGUGCUGCUGGAGGCCUUCUAUAAGAUCACCCAGGGGCCUACAGUGCAGGGCAGAAACAUGGCCGCCUUUGCUUUGUCCAUCAUGCCACACCAACACCUGGCGAAAGUGGUUGCAUACCUCCUCCAGUUUCCCUUCAGAGACUGUGAGAGAGUAUGGAAGGAGGUUUUGGCAUCGGCCGACCAAGAACAACUGCUCCAUCUCAUGGCCGAGCAGCUUUACCAAAGCCCCUUGGCGGAAUCUGCCACCCAAGUGCAACAUCUCAGCAGCCUGUUGCACGCCAUCCUCAGGAUGGAGGUAUACAAGGCAGCUGUGCGCCGGAACUUCCCGCAGCUGCUGAUCGCUCUCCUGGGGAUGGUAGUCAACUUCCACUACGACCAGGAAUUCCUCGGAGGGGCUAAAGAAGUUCUGCACCUCCUUCUCGGCACCACCGGAGAGCAAGUAGAGGCGGCCAUCAUCGACCAACUUUUCUGCCGGGAGAAUUUCAGCCAGGAGUUGUCUGCCAUGGUGAGAGCUGUCGGAAAGCGACACUGGUGGAUCCCUCCCAUGGUGGAAAACAUCACCGCUGCUCUCGAGGACCAGGAGUUUGCCGGAAUGCCACAAGUAGCGGCAGCUAUCUACAUCGAGCUGCUCAGCUGCCGUCUGCAGGUCUAUCCCUGUGAGGAGACACUGGAGCAGCUCCUCACCUGGCUGAAACAUGACCACCUGCAAGUCCGGAAGCUCAGUGUCAGAGGGAUAUCCCUGCUUCUGGACUCUGACAUGGCAAGUGAUGCUCACACGGAGGGAGGGGGGCACAGAUCUGGAUUCUAA